AUGUCCAAGAAGGGCGCGGGCAGCCGAAGCAAGGGGGACAAGGCGGAGGUCCUCGCCGCGCUGCAGGCUGCCAACGAAGAGCUGCGGGCCAAGCUCACGGACACCCAGAUCGAGCUGCAGCAGGAGAAGAGCAAGGUCGGCCGGGUGGAGAGGGAGAAGAACCAGGAGCUCAGGCAGGUGCGCGAGCACGAGCAGCACAAGAGCGCCGUCCUGCUCACCGAGCUGAAGACCAAGCUGCACGAGGAGAAGAUGAAGGAGCUGCAGGCCGUGCGUGAGGCGCUGCUGCGGCAGCACGAGGCCGAGCUGCUGCGCGUCAUCAAGAUCAAGGACAACGAGAACCAGCGGCUGCAGGCGCUGCUGCACGCCCUGCGCGACAGCGGCCCCGACAAGGUGCGCACGGUGCUGCUGUCCGAGGCCAAGGAGGAGGCCAAGAAGGGCUUCGAGGUGGAGAAGGUGAAGAUGCAGCAGGAGAUCUCCGAGCUGAAGGGGGCCAAGAAGCAGGUGGAGGAGGCGCUGACGAUGGUCAUCCAGGCGGACAAGAUCAAGGCCGCGGAGAUCAGGAGCGUGUACCACCUGCACCAGGAGGAGAUCUCCCGCAUCAAGAAGGAGUGCGAGCGCGAGAUCCGCCGGCUGAUGGAGGAGAUAAAAUUUAAAGACAGAGCAGUCUUCGUGCUGGAGAGAGAGUUAGGGGUUCAAGCCGGGCAUGCCCAGAGACUGCAGCUCCAAAAAGAGGCUCUAGAUGAGCAGCUCUCCCAGGUCAGAGAGACCGACCGGCACCUGGGCAGCCCCAGACGGGAACUUCCUCACGCGAGCGGUGCAGGAGACGCCUCAGACCACCCGGGAAGCCCUCAGUUGGAUGAAAAAGAUGCUCGGCGUUUCCAACUUAAGAUUGCGGAGCUGAGCGCCAUCAUCCGCAAACUGGAGGACCGCAACGCCCUGCUGUCAGAGGAGCGGAACGAGCUGUUAAAGCGCUUAAGGGAAGCUGAAAGUCAGUACAAGCCAUUGCUGGAUAAAAACAAACGCCUCACUCGGAAAAACGAAGAUCUGUCCCACACGUUACGUCGGAUGGAAAACAAGUUAAAAUUUGUCACCCAGGAGAACAUAGAGAUGAGACAGAGAGCUGGCAUCGUAAGGAGACCCAGUUCCUUGAAUGACCUGGAUCAGAGCCAGGACGAAAGAGAGGUGGACUUCCUGAAGCUGCAGAUCGUGGAGCAGCAGCACCUCAUAGACGAGCUCUCCAAGACCCUGGAGACCGCCGGCUACGUGAAGAGCGUCUUAGAGCGUGAUAAGCUUUUAAGAUAUCGGAAACAAAGGAAGAAGAUGGCAAAACUCCCCAAGCCGGUUGUCGUGGAGACCUUCUUUGGCUACGAUGAAGAGGCUUCCCUAGAAUCUGAUGGCUCUUCCAUCUCUUAUCAAACGGACAGGACGGACCAGACCCCGUGCACCCCGGACAACGACCUGGAGGAGGGCUUGGCCAAGGAGGAGACGGAGCUGAGGUUCCGGCAGCUGACCAUGGAGUACCAGGCCCUGCAGCGGGCCUACGCGCUGCUGCAGGAGCAGGUCGGAGGGACGCUGGACGCAGAGCGAGAAGUUAAGACCCGUGAGCAGCUUCAGGCGGACGUGCAGAGGGCGCAGACGCGCAUGGAAGACCUGGAGAAGGCGCUGGCGGAGCAGGGCCAGGACACGAAGUGGAUUGAAGAGAAGCAGGCGCUGUAUCGGAGGAACCAAGAGCUCGUGGAGAAGAUUAAACAAAUGGAGACAGACGAGGCUCGGUUAAAACACGAGGUCCAGGAUGCGAAGGACCAAAACGAGCUGCUGGAGUUUCGGAUCCUGGAGCUGGAGGAGAGGGAGAGGAAGUCGCCGGCCAUCAACUUCCACCACACGCCCUUCGCGGACGGGAAGAGCCCCUUGCAGGCCUACUGCGAGGCGGAAGGCGUGACGGACAUCCUGGUCUCGGAGCUGAUGAAGAAGCUGGACCUCCUGGGGGACAACGCCAAUCUGACAAAUGAGGAGCAAGUGGUCGUCAUACAAGCCAGGACCGUCCUGACCUUGGCGGAAAAGGUUCAGCCGGACCUCGCCCCUAGGCCAACUCUACCUCCGUUUCCCGCAAAAGGCCGGUGGCUCCAGCAGAUUGAGGAGACAGAGCUGGCCCUGCAGCGGAAGAUGGUGGACCUGGAGAGCGAGAAGGAGCUGUUCAGCAAGCAGAAGGGUUACCUGGACGAGGAGCUGGACUGCAGGAAGCGGUCCCUGGGCCAAGCUCACAAGCACAUCCUGGAGCUGGAAGCCAUGCUGUACGACGCCCUGCAGCAGGAGGCCGGGGCCAAAGUGGCGCAGAUGCUGUCGGAGGAGGAGCGUGAGAAGCUCAGGCUGGCCGUGGAGCAGUGGAAGCGCCAGGUCAUGAGCGAGCUGCGCGAGCGGGAUGCUCAGAUCCUGCGGGAGCGCAUGGAGCUGCUGCAGCUGGCGCAGCAGAGAAUUAAAGAAUUAGAAGAAAGAAUAGAAGCUCAGAAGAGACAGAUAAAGGAACUGGAGGAAAAGUUUCUAUUUUUGUUCUUGUUUUUCUCCUUAGCUUUCAUUCUGUGGUCAUAG